CGCCUGUAAGCUUUUUUAGUUUUAUGGAAACUUUUUGUGGUGAGCUGCUUCUAUGCUUCGCUCUUCCUGCGCUGUGCAAAGGUAGCAGCUCUGGUGGUGUGCGAUCAUUGCAAAAAAAAAAAAAAGAAAAUAAAUUAGGUUUUUUAGGUAAAAAUCUGGAGUCAGAUAGGUCAUUUGUAAGAACACUUUUUUUUUGUAGUGUUUUCCCUAUGGAUGCAUUCACUUGAUAAUCCCAUUUAUUGAGGGUGGGAGAAAGGAUGGGGGUUUUAAUAGAGGUGGGAGGAGAGAGGAUCCGGCCUUGGCUUGAUGAUGUAAGUUUGUGGGAGGUGGUGGCAUGGAAAAAAGGGAUUUUUAUAGUAAAAAAAUCAUCAAAUGGGCUGGAGGGAGCCACCUGCUCAUUCCACUACCUCCUCGUCGCAUCCCUGAGAUCCUUUUUGGGGUGCCCCGACACCCCAGAGCACAGCAGUUUUCCCCUCCUGCACCCCAAAAUAAGCAUUUUUUGAUAGUCUGUUCUCUCCAGCUGAAAAAAAAAAAAAAAAAUUCUGGAAAUGUAGAAAAAGGAGGUGAAGAGUGUGCGGGGUGGAGCUGGAAGGGAAACCACCACGGUUUUGCUCAUGGGCAGCUGCCCUUGGUCAGGCAGCCCCUUCGCCAUCUGCCCUGGAGGAUCUGUGCGAAAAUCCCCGAAAAUGAAACAAAACAAACCAAAACAAUUCAUUUUUUAAUAUUUUCUGUUUCACACUUCUCUUAGCAGGAGCGGGUCGCGCCUCGGUGUUCUGCUUGGUCCCACCAGCCGGAUCCAGGUGAGGCGGGAGCAUCUGCGGAGGUGGAACCCAAAAAUGAAGAAAAUGAGGGAUUAUUCCGGAUUUUUGGGUGCGGAAAGGAGCAAGUGGGCAGAUCACGGCCCUGAGCUGAAGCCGGAGGCACGCGUUGCCUGCCAGGUGGCGAUGGCGGUGCUGUUCGGAGCUCUGCUCCUCACGGCCGUCACCUUUGCAGUGCAAGCUUUUCAGCCUCGUUCCCAACCCUGCUUUCGGUGUCCCUUCGACUGGAUCAGGUACAGAGGAAAAUGCUACUAUUUUUUGGAAGCUGAGGGGAACUGGACAUCAAGCCAGGACAACUGCUCGGCACUUGGCGCUUCCUUGGCCAUGCUUGACAGCGUGGAGGACUUGAGCUUCGUGAUGAGAUAUAAAGGGAGCUUGGAGCUUUGGAUCGGCCUUUCACGGGAAGGUGAAGAGCAACCGUGGAAGUGGGUGAACCACUCACGUUUAUCUCACCUGUUUCAGAUCCGCAGCGGUGGCCUCUGCGCCUACGUGAACGACAACGGGCUCAGCUCCUCCCGCUGCAGCGCCGAGAGGAGUUGGGUUUGCAAUAAGCCUGAGACGCAGAGCCCAAGCAAGGGCAACCGGUCAAGACGGGCUCAAAACCUUUGCAUCAGCUCCUAAGGAGCUGCAGGAGGUGCUCCUCAAACCAAAAUGCCCAGCGUGCGGUAAGGAAACAAAAGAAAACCUCAAAAAAAACCCCACAGAGAACCCACACUCGGGGGGAAAAUGCCUAUUGCCCCAAACUGUCAAACAAGAACCAAAGUUAUGACAUGUCUGCAUUUGUCAACCCAACCUUGGUAUACAACCGAUGAAAACUAUCCAGUAAUUACUCACAGCGGCCUUGCAAUUCACACCUCAGAAUGAUUAUUCAUUACCCCACUGCAAUUAAAUGUCAGAGCAAGAGGAAAGCUGUAGUUCCAUACCAAAGACCAUGGAAAAAUGCCUGGAGGGUGAAGCUUCGCGAGAUGUCUGCUACCUUGCACGGUGCGACCAGAAAAAUGGGCAAAUGCCAUAGGAUUUUUGCUUUUCCCACUCUUUGGGGAGUUAAAGCAGCAACUUUCAGGCUUUGUCGGCUGAGAAAAGCCUCUUGGCACUUUACGAGGGUGUGGAAAUGCUGCAAGGAUGGACAACACUUGCAAGACCUCCGAGAAUCUGCUGCUCUUGUCUUUGGGAAAGCACAAGCUGCGGCUGAGUCAACCUGUGAUCAUACGUGGCUCUGUAUCAAGAACAAGAUGAAGGUGAAGAGACUUCCACAUAUCAAAAAAAUCAGAUUAUUCUCCCCAAGGACACAGCUCUGGAGGUGGGACAGCGGUGGGAUUGGGGAGGAUCUGCCAAGUCAAGAUUGGAGUGGCCAGCUCCAACCGGUUCAGAGAGAAGGCGAUGUCUUCACUGUAACGUGCCGGUGAGGUUAGGGAUAAAAGCCAGCAAGGUUUUUAAAGAAGGAGUAAAGCAAAAGAUUUUGUACAUUUUCGUGGAACACCGUGUCCAGGGAAGGCUUUCGAGCAUCUCGUCUUGAGGAAAGCUGACACGUUUGCAUGAACAACCAUGUCCAGGGAAGACUUUUUUUGAUGAGCGUCUUGACUCGGGGACUGUUGGCGAAGGUGUAAAUAGGAGGGUAAUAGGAUUUUAGCAGCACUUUAAUUUUUAGUGGUAUUUAGCACAAGGAGCUAAAGGAUCCAGCUUUUUUUCCAGGACUGAUGAAAUCCUUUGUUUCAUCCUCUUUCAGCAAUUUGGGGACCGUUGUCUUCUCAGAUGCUCUCCCAGCGAUGUUUCACCAAAGUGAGGGGUUUUUUGGGGGCAGGAUUAUCGAUGUCCUUGGCUCUUGCUCCCAGGAGAUGGAGCUGCCAACUCCACGAGCCAAGGACAUCGAUGGAUGGAGUUGGCAGCUCCAUCUCCUGGGAGCAACGGAGUUUAUCCCGGCAUAGCCCAGACCCCAGGGAAACCUCUCCUGCUCCCCCGCCGUGUCCAUCCUCACCCUUCCAAAGGACCAUCUUCAGACCAGCUGCUGUUUCGGCAUCGCGUAACGCUCGAGAAUCAACCAAAUUCAAUAUUUCUGAGGGCUUUUGAUGCACCCUUGAGCUGCUUGCAAGAUUUUUCACAAGACGGGCUGGCCUGGGGUAGUGUCAGAGAAACAACGAGCAAACUAUUUAGAAAUAACUUCAUAAAUACUGCUGGAAAACUGAGCCAAAUUUAACCUGGGGUAUCUAUCACCUUCUUCUUCAUCUUGUUCUUCUUCUUUGUAUUAAUAUUCAUACUAGUUCCUCCAAUCCCAACCGCUUCUUGCAGCUGAAAUGAGGGGAGUCGCAGCCAGAGACCUCACACCUCUGUGAUCAGAGACGCGCAUGCGCUCGUGCUUAAAUUCAGGCUUUUUCUGGUGCUUUUCAGGCCCAGUUUGCCUGCAAAAGUGUUGCAAAGUGGGACGCUAAUUUAUUAUAGCGUGCUUUUAUAUCGUGACUCCACUUGCUUGCAUCUCCAUGGCGUUGUACGUGCACUGUCCCACUCUUUCUUUAUUUAAGGUGAAACACUAAAAAAUAAGAAAAAAAAGGCCUAGAAUUAUAUUUAAUAUAUUGAUAUAUAUGUCCUAAUAUUAUAUAGAAAAAGACCUAGAAUUAAGUCUCUGCUGUUAAUGAGGAAAUAUUGAGUUUUUAUUGGCCUCAUUGAGGAAAAGAUCAAGUUAAAAACUGCUUUUUUGGGUCUUUCCACGUACCUUGAACUCUCAGGAUUCACCCCUGCAGGCUCUGUCAGAUGGAGGUGGAAUAAAAACACCACAUGAGGGAUUUGCCCAUAAAUUUCCAAAUAUUGAUGGACGAAUAGGCAAAACUUUGCUUUUUUUUUUUUUUUUUAAUGCGUUUUGUGAUUUCUCUUCAUCUCGGUUUCAUUGCCCCGGGCGCUGCUGAAUGAGUUUUAACGGUGAUUUUUAGUGGCUGACACCUUUGAGAGGUUUUCUGCACAACACGUUAUUCCCUUUGUCACAGACUAAUUACUUGUGACAACGACACGCAAUAAACAUUUAUCGCUGGUUAACAAAUCUCUUCUUAAUCACCUGCUUGCGUGGAAGCACAGUGAAAAAUGCUAAACUAAAGAACUAAAAAACUGAAAAACUCAAAAAAUCCCCCCAAAAUACAAAUUAAAUCUUUAAUAUUUAAUAGGUAAUUCAAUUUAUUUUUUAAAAGGAAGUGAAUGCACAUCCACAACCAGCUUGGUCCAUGGUACCCCCCUGUGGCUAUUUCUGUUACUGCUUUAAAUUAUAUUCUGACUUUUUUGUUUGA